GUAGUUCUGCACUGAUCGCAGUCCCAAAUGCAGGGACUUCAGCCCAAAACGCCACAGUCCUUACUGGCGUUCAGUACAGCGGUCCCAUGGUGGACAAGCGGGCGGCCACGCUGCCGUCCAAGUACGACGGGAAGGCUGACAUCACCUCUUGGAUUAGUUCCAUGCGGUCAUACUUCGAGGUCAUGCGGACACCGCAAGAGGACCGAAGUAUGAUCAUGGGAACUAAUACCGAGCCUGCCAUACGAAACCACAUUGAGCUCCAAGUUGUUGCUGCAGGCUAUGCACGCAUAGUCCUGACUGAUUGGCUGAAGGUCACCCCUGUUCGCACCCUUGAGGAUCUUCUCCUUGACCGGUAUCAGGAUAAACAUGUUGUGCUUAAGGCUAGACUGAAGCUUGAGGCCCUCAAGGGCCAAACAUGGAGGUCAUCCAUGCAGGCUUUGGAACAGCACCUGACUGGUCUAUUCACCACUCCGGAUCUAGGAAUGACUGACGUGUCUUGCAUGGAUGUAGUCAUGGGAGUGGCCCCUAAAGAAUACCUCUCCCUGCUAGCACUCAAGGACCAUACUACCUGGCGAGAGCUCAUGAAGGACCUAGUCGACCUAGAGGCCAAGGACCUCGCCAGGCGCAAGAAGGCGCCCGCUGCAGGUGGGAAACCACAACGCAAGCGGUUUGGAGGCAGCAACCAGCUUGCACUGCAUGAUCAUCGGGAGGUUGACGAUCAGUCCUAUGCGGAUGAUCUGCCUCUAGAUGACGAUCUAGAGCCGGACUCCGAUACGGGCUGAUUGCUAUCGUCUUCAGGGAAACAGGCAAGGGGCGUAGAGGAGACAUUGGCACUCUCUACAACAAGAGAAGCUGAGCAGUCAGUUCAAGGCCCCUCCGAGAAGCCUGGAUCUGAUCAGCAGCGUGCUCUUGAAGCCCAAACUAACGCUGAUUCCAAGGUUGAGACAGUCCAAGUGUUAUACACUGAGCCUUGGAAGGAGUCUAAAGAGGUCGACCUCCACGCCCACAUGGAGCAUUGGCUGCAGCUCAAGCAGCAACGCCGUGUCCAAGGGAGGGUGGAGCUGACUUUCUUUAAACUGCUCAUUAACCGCCGAUACAUCCGCGUGAUGAUUGACAGUGGUUCGACCACUAACUUCUUCUCUCCGAACGGGAUUCGUAAGGCGGGUCUGGGUAUGAAGCAAGUGGAACUGCAGAACCCUUGUCGGACUCAGGUGGGCAACCAAGAGGUUGUCACUUCCACUCAUGCUGUCAAAGGUGUGCGCAUCACCUUUGACAAAGACCGCACUGUCACACAUGAGCUGAAUUUCUAUGUCUUGGACAAGUGUCCUUUCAACGCGGUCAUUGGCUUGGGCUGGCUAAAGGCUCAUUGCCUAAGGACCACGUGGGCGGACAAUCAGUUCGUGGUACAUGAUGCCAAGGGGAACGAGCGUACCGUCUUACUAGAUGAGACGCGCGAGUCCCCCGUGACUCUUCUAAGUGCUAACAAAUUCUGCACGUCAGUGCGCAGGCGCAAGGAAGCUGGGUUUGUACAUAAAGCUCUUGUAAAGCCUUUCCAUGUGCCUUCUACUUUUGCUGCAUUUUCUACCUCUGAAUGUAACUCUACCUCUACUACUACUUUUGUUCCACCUACUUCUGCUGUAAAUGAUCGAUCUAGUGCGGAACCAAAUAUUUCGAAACCGGUUGUAAUUGCUGUAAAUUCCCAAUCUGAUUUUGUCUCCCCUGAUGAGGAUGAUCCUCCACCAGAAAUCCCAGCGAACAUUCGCCAUCUGUUAGAUUGAUUUCCUGAGGUAUUGGCUGAACCCCGCG